AUGACUUCUUGCCAGGAAGACGCCUCUGGAAAGAAGACCACGGAGGGAGCAAAGUUUCAGGGCAGCUGAGGAGCCUUGGUCGCAGCCCUUCCGAGCCCAAUCUCCUCCCUGGCUAUGGAGGGCGGACUCUAAAAUGAAUCCCGAUCUGGACACCGGCCACAACACAUCAGCACCUGCCCACUGGGGAGAGUUGAAAGAUGCCAACUUCACUGGCCCCAACCAGACCUCGAGCAACUCCACACUGCCCCAGCUGGACGUCACCAGGGCCAUCUCUGUGGGCCUGGUGCUGGGCGCCUUCAUCCUCUUUGCCAUCGUGGGCAACAUCUUGGUCAUCCUGUCAGUGGCCUGCAAUCGGCACCUGCGGACGCCCACCAACUACUUCAUUGUCAACCUGGCCAUUGCUGACCUGCUGUUGAGUUUCACAGUCCUGCCCUUCUCCGCUACCCUGGAAGUGCUUGGCUACUGGGUGCUAGGACGCAUCUUCUGUGACAUCUGGGCAGCGGUGGAUGUCCUGUGCUGCACGGCCUCCAUCCUGAGCCUAUGUGCCAUCUCCAUUGAUCGCUACAUUGGGGUGCGCUACUCUCUGCAGUACCCCACGCUGGUCACCCGCAGGAAGGCCAUCUUGGCACUCCUCAGUGUGUGGGUCUUGUCCACGGUCAUCUCCAUCGGGCCUCUCCUCGGCUGGAAAGAACCUGCGCCCAAUGAUGACAAGGAAUGCGGGGUCACCGAAGAACCCUUCUACGCUCUCUUUUCCUCUCUGGGCUCCUUCUACAUCCCACUAGCGGUCAUUCUGGUCAUGUACUGCCGGGUCUACAUCGUGGCCAAGAGGACCACCAAGAAUCUAGAGGCGGGAGUCAUGAAGGAGAUGUCCAACUCCAAGGAGCUGACCCUGCGGAUUCAUUCCAAGAACUUUCAUGAGGACACCCUCAGCAGUACCAAGGCCAAGGGCCACAACCCCAGGAGUUCCAUCGCUGUCAAACUUUUUAAGUUCUCCAGGGAAAAGAAAGCAGCCAAAACCCUGGGCAUUGUAGUCGGAAUGUUCAUCUUGUGUUGGCUCCCCUUCUUCAUCGCUCUCCCACUUGGCUCCCUGUUCUCCACCCUAAAGCCCCCGGACGCCGUGUUCAAGGUGGUGUUCUGGCUGGGCUACUUCAACAGCUGCCUCAACCCCAUCAUCUACCCGUGCUCCAGCAAGGAGUUCAAGCGCGCCUUCAUGCGUAUCCUUGGGUGCCAGUGCCGCGGUGGCCGCCGCCGCCGCCGCCGUCGCCGUCUGGGCGGCUGCGCUUACACCUAUCGGCCGUGGACGCGCGGCGGCUCGCUGGACCGAUCGCAGUCGCGGAAGGACUCUCUAGACGACAGCGGCAGCUGCAUGAGUGGCAGCCAGAGGACCCUGCCCUCGGCGUCGCCCAGCCCGGGCUACCUGGGUCGCGGAGCGCAGCCACCAGUGGAGCUGUGCGCCUUCCCCGAGUGGAAACCGGGGGCGCUGCUCAGCCUGCCAGAGCCUCCGGGCCGCCGCGGCCGCCUCGACUCCGGGCCCCUCUUUACCUUCAAGCUCCUGGGUGAGCCCGAGAGCCCGGGUACCGAAGGCGACGCCAGCAACGGGAGCUGCGACGCCACGACCGACCUGGCCAAUGGGCAGCCCGGCUUCAAGAGCAACAUGCCGCUAGCGCCCGGGCACUUUUAGGGUCCCUUUCCUUCCCCCGCCCCAUA